AUGUCUAAACCUGUGUUAAAAAGGUCAGUAAAAGUCAAAGAUAUCAGUUAUGGUCGUCAUAUUUCUAUUGUGACACCAGAUAAAUUCUGGGUCAGUGAUUGGAACAACUUAACAUUGACAGACAACUCGGGUGAAACUCUUAAAAAAGUUACAGACAAAGCUGCAACUGGGGGUGUGCAUGCAGUUUCAAAUAAUGGAAAACUUACUUAUAUUGACACCAAAGGAGAUAUCAAAAUUCAAACAAACAGCAAAACAAUGGUCAUAUUUAGGAGGAAGGCUUCCUUUAGACCCACCUGUCUCCACAGAUGUGCUUCCUCUGGAGAUAUACUUCUUGGGAUGAGGUUUUUAAAAAACAAUACAUAUACAGGCAUUGUAUUUCGGUGUGACCGUAAUGAGGAAAAAAUCAUACCUAUACGAUCUGACCAAAAGAGUAAAAUUUUAUUUGGAGAUCCGAAGUACCUUGCAAAAAAUUGCAAUGGAGAUACCAUUAUAUCAGACUAUACUUUCAAUGCUGUAGUAGUAGUUGACUCUCGAGGCACAUAUCGGUUCUCUUACAUUGGACCUCCAUCAGGAUCAGGACUGCGACAAAGACUACAACCUGAAGGAAUCUGUACAGACGCCUUGUCACACAUCCUGGUGGUCGAUACCCUCACUGACACUGUACAGAUGAUUGACAAGGAUGGUCAUUUCUUGUCAUUCCUGUUGACCAAACCAGGGCGUAUACACGAGCUGUAUGGUCUGGCCUAUGAUCACAAAACUCAUCUUCUUUAUGUAGGACAUGGAUCAUCAGAAUGUACUGAUAUAGUGUCUGUGUAUAGAUACAUAGACAGACAAAACUACAUUUUGACAGAUACAUGA